GAUUCCUGUUGAUAUCAAAUUGUCCAAUCUAUUUCACCCAAGUCAAGACACCGGUCAUGUCUUAAUGCAAUCAAACAGCUAUUGACUCCAGAUGAAUGAUCACAUAAGUAUGCAUGGGGAAUGGGAAAUACUCGGAGAGGUACAAAGACAAUGCAAAAUAGAUACAAGGGGUGCAAAGGGAAUGCAAAAGGAGAUUUGGGAGAUAUAAAGGGAAUGCAAGGAGAUGUAGAAGAUGCUAGGUAUGUAAAAGAAGAUGCAGAGGGUGCAAAGGGAAUGCAAAAAGAUGAGAUGCAAGGGGUGCAAAGUCAAUACAGAGGAUAUGCAGGGGUGCAAAGGCAAUGUAAAAAGAGGAGAUGCAAGGGGUGCAAAGUCAGUACAAAGGAUAUGCAUGGGUGCAAAGGGAAUGCAAAAAGAGGAGAUGCAAGGGGUGCAAAGU